AAUAGAGGUAAACAGAGAUAAAAUAAUUAAAUAUGGAGUGUGUGUACAGUGAUGUACUGAUCCAAUUUUUAUAUGUAUUAGGGCUGUGUAAAACACUGGAUUGGCACUGGAUUUGAUAUAUUUUCAGAAUCUCUUGUGUGUUUUAUACUGCCAGUAUGUGUGAUAGUGACACAGACUUUAUACAUGAGGAGAUGAUAUCAUAUAAAACAUGAUGCCACCAAAAGUCUGUUUUUGUGUAUAAUUUGGCAACAGAUGCUGGAAGAGAGCACAAUUAAGUACAAGCUGCGACUCGUAGUUCUGAUCUCUGUUGUGUCUGAAAAAGUGUUUGAUUCCUAUUGUUUACAGACAUUUGAUAGAAAGUUCAGUAGAGGUUUUUUUUUUUUUUCUCUCUCAUUUUUAUUCUCAGCAGUUACCUUUAGCCCGAGCAUGCCGAAAUGUCACACAUUAAUACUUCACUCCAGCUAAACUGACCUGGUUGAAUAUUGACCAGCAAGCAAAUGGUAUGUAAUGCAUACCUGUCCUGUCCACAUACAGUCUGAACAGAUCCUGUAUUCUGUCCUUAAUUAUGUACCUAAUAGCUUACAUUUCAGAUCUCAUGUGCUAGGAACUGGUACUGGGCUUUACUCUGUGUGACACUUUCACAGGUUGGGCCAGAAAUGAUGAGACAUGAGGCAGGCUUGGGACAACUCAAACAAGCUCUUUAUUUUUCUUUACUACUACUACUACUACUACUACUACCACACACACACACACACACACACACAGGUGUAGAUCCUUAUUUUUCCUGGCUCCGCCCUCCAACCCACGCUAGACCACGCCCCCGCCUCCACACUGCAUUAUUCUGUUUAUUUUCAAAAAAAAAAAAAAAAAAAAAAAACAACCACAAUGUCAGUACUGCAUAAGUGUCUUUCAGUUGUAACUAGACAGUAGGAGUGUCUGCUUAAGUUACAUAACCACCAAUAUGUUACUGACAAGUUGCAUUUAAGGCAAAGGGUUUUCACUUGGCAGUGAUUAUUGUCUCUUUGUCCUGCUGCUGAAAGCGACGUGAGCAGCAAUUUAACACACAAUGCCUUAUAGCUGUCUGUGAGUGGAGGAUUAACGGUGAACUGCUGCUUCUUGUCCAUGUCGGUUAAUGUUAGACAGAAAUCACACUUCGCCUGUUGCACUUUCGACUGGUAUCACAAGUGGUGUGUGUGACACCUUCAGUCAGGGCUGUGCAAAGUCUGGAGCUGAUCAGAAUGACGGCAAUAAGAAUUAUGGCUGUGACUCCUGCUGCCCAGAAGUCUCAUCCUUUUUUCCUUGAAGUGGUGUGUCGCACUCUUAUCAUCCUGUGUGUGGCUCUCUCCAUUGUCCAGUCCUCCAUCGCAGUGUGUGAUGGACACUGGCUGCUGACCAAACGGCGCAUGUUUGGCCUCUGGUUCUUCUGUGAGGUGGACACAGAGAACUCUGGUGCACCCCGUAACUGCAGCAGGCACAUUGGAGAGGAAGUGGGCCAGCUCCUGGAGUACGGGCUCGGGUUGUGUCGCUGUGUUGUCUCUCUGGCUGUGGUGAGCGCCAUCUUUGGCCUGGAGCUGCUGGUAAUAUCACAGGUGAGCGAGGGACUGGCAUCUAGGCAGCGAUGGCAUCUAGGGUCAUGGCUUGUGCUGCUGGCUGCAGGAUUGGCUGCCGCAGGGGUCAUGACCUUUGUGUUCCUAUUAUGGGAUUAUGCUACACCUCUGAGGUUCACGCUCAGCUUCUGGUCCCAGUUCACUGCAACCUUCCUCUUCUUCCUCAAUGGCAUGGCAGCACGGCACAUCCAGAAUAUGGCAUAUUUUCUGUCCUCCAGUGGUGAUGUGGGGAAACCGUAGGCAUUGGCCAUUCUCGACAUACCACUGCUGAGUGAUGUACAACGUUCACAGAACAAAAACUAUCAGUUUAUAUUAUAAAGCUUGAUUUAUUGAAGUUAAUGAGUUAAAUAGUUUAUCUGAAAGAACUGUGCAAUUAAGCAGAAUUUGAGUUAUACCUACAAACUAAAUAGUUUAUUCAGUUCAUCUAAAUCUUUAUGAAAACUUAUCAAUAAACACUUUUCACAAUUUCA